GCAAGGCAGGGGGCUGGGGCAGGGUCUGCCUUAGGAAGUCAGCCUGGAGGGCAGGCAGAGGCCGAGGGCACCGUACGAAAUCUCGGUUUUCGUUGGCGAGGAUCUGAAACCUCGGCGAGCCGGGCUCAGAUUUCGCUUUUGCAACCCUCUGAGCGGUAACGUCGCCGCCAUGUUGCCCCACUGACAGCGGAAGCAGGUGCCGGGCCAGACUUCCGGGGCGGCACCGGAAGUCCCCGGCGGGCUGGGUGGCGGCGGGCCCGUCCAAUGGGGCCGCUCGCGGGGCGGGCCGAGGCGGCCAGCUGGGCCGGUCUCGCGAGAAGGGCGGCGGCGGCGGGGCAGAUCGGCUGAGCCGGCGGCGGCGGGAGCAUGGAGGGCGCGGGCGGCGAGCGGGCGCCGCUGCUGGGCGCGCGGCGGGAGGCGUUCGCCGGCCGGCGCGCGGCGUGCGGCGCCGUGCUGCUGACGGAGCUGCUGGAGCGCGCCGCCUUCUACGGCGUCACGGCCAACCUCGUGCUGUUCCUGAACGGCGAGCCGUUCAACUGGGAGGGCGCGCAGGCCAGCCAGGCGCUGCUGCUCUUCAUGGGCCUCACCUACCUGGUGUCGCCGUUCGGGGGCUGGCUGGCCGACGCGCGGCUCGGCCGGGCGCGCGCCAUCCUGCUCAGCCUGGCGCUCUACCUGCUUGGCAUGCUGGCCUUCCCGCUGCUGGCCUCGCCCGCCACGCGCGCCACGCUGUGCGGGGCCCCGCGCCCCACGCGCCUCCGCAACUGCUCGGCGCCGCCCUGCGCCGACGCGCCCACCCGCUACUGCGCGCCCGCCGUGCUGGCCGCGCUCGCGCUCGUCGGCCUGGGCGUGGGCGCCGUCAAGGCCAACAUCACGCCCUUCGGCGCCGACCAGGUCAAAGAUCGAGGUCCAGAAGCCACAAGGAGGUUUUUUAAUUGGUUUUACUGGAGCAUCAAUCUGGGAGCAAUCGUCUCGCUCGGAGGCAUUGCCUACAUUCAGCAGAACGUGGGCUUUGUGAGCGGCUACCUCAUCCCCACUGUCUGCAUCGGCAUCUCUUUUGUGGUCUUCCUCUGUGCCCAGGGCUUUUUCAUCACCAAGCCCCCCGAUGGCAGCGCCUUUACUGAUGUGUUCAAGAUACUGGCCUAUUCGUGCCGCCCCCGGAAGCGAGUUGGAGAAUGCGGCCAUAGUGGUGAAGGCAUUGGAGUCUUUCAGCAAUCUUCUAAACAAAGUCUGUUUGAUUCAUGUAAGAUGUCUCGUGGAGGGCCAUUUACAGAAGAUAAAGUGGAAGAUGUGAAAGCUCUUGUCAAGAUUAUCCCUGUUUUCUUGGCUUUGAUUCCUUACUGGACAGUGUAUUUUCAAAUGCAGACAACGUAUGUUUUACAGAGUCUUCAUUUGAAGAUUCCGGAAAUUUCCAAUAUUACAACCACUCCUCAUACGUUUCCGGCAGCCUGGCUGACCAUGUUCGAUGCAGUGCUCAUCCUCCUGUUAAUUCCCUUAAAGGAUAAGCUGGUUGAUCCCAUUUUGAGAAGAAAUGGCUUGCUCCCAUCAUCCUUAAAAAGGAUCGCUGUUGGGAUGUUCUUUGUGAUGUGUUCUGCCUUCGCUGCCGGAAUUUUGGAAAGCAAGAGGCUGGACCUUGUUAAAGAGAAGACUAUUAAUCAAACCAUUGGAAAAGUCGUUUAUUUUGCUGCCGAUUUGCCGAUCUGGUGGCAGCUCCCACAGUACGUGCUGAUUGGUGUCAGCGAGAUCUUCGCAAGCAUAGCAGGUCUGGAGUUUGCCUAUUCCGCUGCCCCCAAGUCCAUGCAGAGCGCCAUAAUGGGCUUGUUCUUCUUCUUCUCUGGCGUCGGCUCGUUCGUGGGCUCCGGGCUGUUGGCGCUGGUGUCCCUCAAAGCCAUCGGAUGGAUGAGCAGCCACACCGACUUCGGAGCGGCAGACGUAGUUCCAGGUUUCACGGCCUCUCUGCCCCCAGCACCUUCCUUCUCGCAUGCGUGUCCAGGUAACAUUAAUGGCUGCUAUUUGAACUAUUACUUCUUCCUUCUGGCUGCCAUUCAAGGAGCUACUCUCCUGCUUUUCCUUAUCAUUUCUGUGAGGUACGACCACCAGCGGUCCAGAGCAAACGGGCCACCCGCCAGCAGGAGGACCUGACGCUGGAGGUGCAGUCUGGUCUUAGACGGUGACACACAGGGAGGUUCCUGGCCGGCAGGGCACUGAGAGCAGGCCGGACUGGGAGUGGCCAUAAAUGUCGGGCUUUCUGAAAACCUGCACGGCGGCUGGCUUGGUUUCUGCUUUUCUUCCGCCGAUGAGCUGGGCAGUGCCUCGCUGGGACUCGUGCCCCGUCUGCUGGGCCCUCCUGGCGCAGCGGUGCAGACGGACGGAAGAUCUCUGCUCAUCCUGCCGCUGGCGUCCCGGCAGAACCUAGAGGGAGAUGGCAGAGUCUCGGGAGACUGCACUUCGGUCAGCUGGAUCCCAGUGUUUUAAACAAAUAUGUUCAUUUCCUUCCCACACACCGUAUGGUCUCACUUUUUUUCUUUUUGAUUAAUAAACAACUACUUAUGUUGAGGAAAGGGAGGAUUUUUAAGAGGUCAAAGUGUGGUCAGAGGCUGUAAAGAUGUUCUAUAAAGGUCCACUUGGUGGUUUCUCUCUUAAGCCGCGAAUCUUGCCAUUGCUAGGUUCUUUGGUACAGGCCGUAGUGAAUAUAUUGUAUCUGCUGCUUCAAACAAUACUUAUUUUUUGAAACUAUUGACAUUGCUUUUUUUCCUCAAGUGAGAACAUGUAACAAGAAAUAUUAAAACCAUGUGUCCUGGCUGAAGCCACACACAGCUUAUGGGAGUGUUUGCCCAUCUCCCGGCCAGUCGUCGUGUAUCGUUUCAUUCUGGGCACCACCGAGACUGAAGACCACUCCUGGGGGACGAGAGGACAGUGUUCCUCUGAACAGGUUUAGUGCAGUUAAAGGUAACUGCAAGUGUUCAACGUGAACUUGGACUGUUGGACGGCCUCUGACUUCUGUUUCCUUAUUUUACAUGUAUGUGGGGGUUCGCGUUUGUUAAAUAAACGAUUCUCUAUGUGUC